GACUUUGUUAACACUGGUAACUCAUUUCGAGAAUUAUUUUGCGUAUUUAGAUAAAUAUGUUUAAAUUCUUCAUCCAUUUUGUUAUAUUUUAAUUAGUUUGACAGUUUAAUUUUUUAAUUCUGUCUAGUGUAGUAACUGUGUGAUUUAAAUAUCGAUUUAAGAUAGUUUUUGAUGUAACAAAGUGUAUUGUGGAAAAAUUGGUGAUUAUUUUAUUGGAAAGGUUUUUAAGCAAUUUUAAUACAGAUGGAAAUGGAUUUUUGAUUUGAUAAUUACGCUGAUUAUAUUAAAACACCGCCGCAAUAUUUAUCAAAUGAUUAAAUAUUUAUAGAUAAAUGGAAUUGGAACACAGUCGCUUGUUGAAGUUCUUUCAAAGUGGCCGUACUAUAAAAGAAAUGGCGGAGUUGCCAGUCAUAAAAAUACAAAAUGACUACGAAGAUCCGCCGAACGUCGAAUCCAAAGUACCAGGAUCGCAAGAAAUACGAGAAGUAGACGAAAACACAUUAAGAAACCAAGAGGAAUCUGAAAUAGAGGUAGGAGGAGCUCAAUUCAGUCUAUCUCCCAUUCUGACUGUCACUCAAAAAGAGACUACUCUUACUAAAGAUGGCGUCAAAUCACAAAAGUUGACAGUUACCGAAGAUAUAGCGAUUGAACGUAGAGAAAAUGGUGGACUCAGAUACAGUAGUAGUUCGCAACACGAGAGAGAAUUGGAUAGCAGAAGCGUAAGAACAAAACUAAGAAGAGAAAUAGAAAAUAGAAACAUGGAAAGAGAUAAAUCGGAAGAGAAGAAAUCCAAGAUCCCAAUCACAAGGCUACGUCAGGCUGUGGAGCAAGUGAAGAAGGAAAGAAGAGAGCAGAAGGAGAGAGAAAGACAACAAAAACAACCGCGGCGCUCAUCGCUGCCAAAGUUGAAAGAAUCAAAAAUACCAACGAAAAGACAUACAUCGUUAAAAGUCGACCCGAAAACGGAAGAUGAAUUUGACAAGAUUUAUGAAGAAAUAGUCGAUGAAACUCUUAAAAAUAUUGAUGAUAUAAAAUUAGAAGUCAAAAUAGAAGAUACAGAAGUCCUUGAAAGUAAAUUCGAGGAAAUAAUUCACGCGUACGACGAGGAAGUCGAUGAGAGACCAACUGUAUCGAGAAUUUCGAAAAUACCAGCUUUACGACGUCGUGGAGACGAUGGUGCAAGCAAAAUUGGAGCUUUAGUAGAAAGGGUUAAAGCUAAAAAUCCUACAGCAGAUUCUGAGUUGAAAGAUGGCGGGUUUAGAGUCACAGCGUCUAAUAUUACCAUUAAGAGGUUCUCAAGAGGAACAAGCAGAGAAGUGAGUCGAGAUAAUGAAGUCUCUGUGGUGAAAGAAAGCGUGGAUAGUGAAGUUAUAGAUAAAACACCAAAAACAGUGCCUGUCAAGCCUGCUAGGACUUACCGCAGGAAAAAUAGUGAAAAAGACAACUUUAAGAUAGAAACUGUUGAAAAAGUUGAAGAAGGAAAAGAGACACAAAAUGUUGGAGAAGAGAUUCGAACCAAGGCAACAGCACCUGUCAAGCCUGAAAGAGCGAAACGUGCUGUCAGUCGAGAAGUCAAGAAAGAUGACAAAGGCACAGUUGUCAUCGAGAAAUUUGAAGACGAUAACACUAAAACAGAAAUCGUAACCAAGAGCGAGGGAGAUGGCACUACUGUCAAAACUACAACGAUAGAAAGAGAAGUACACUCAAGUAUACCUAUACGUACUGAAAGAUUAAUUCGAAGUUAUAGCCACAGUGUUAAUAAAGAAAAGCCCGCUACCGAGAAAUUCGGUCAACAUUUUAGUAGCAAAACUGAAGAACAAAAGGUCAUCAAUGAAAGUACAGCUGACAAAAUAGAAUUGACAGCAAACAAAAAGGAAACGACAGCAAAAGAUAAGACAGCAAUCCCUGUCAAAACAGAAAGAUUUACUCGCGGUAUCAGUAUAGAAAUGGGUAACAUUAGACCUAAAGAUGACAGCAGCAUUCUCAAAGAAUUCCGAGAGAAUGGGAGUCAUAAUAUCGUGACGAUUACAAAAGGUAGUGUAACAAAAGACACUAAUUCUGAAGUUAUGACAACUGAAGAAAGAAAAGAACGCAUCGGUAAUACUAUAAAAGAAACCAUCGUAAAAGAAACUAUAAUUGAAGAAACAUCGUCUAAAACAGAUGAGAGUGUAAGCAAAGAAAUUAAAGAAGAAAAUGGUCUUAAAACAGAAACUUUGAAAACUGAAUAUAUUAUCAAAGAAGGCAUCAAAGUCGGUAUACCAGUUUUCACGAAAACUGAAAAUUUAACUGAAAGUACCAUUGAAGAUAUUGAAAGCACAACAGAUGAAGUUAAAAGUUUCACCAGAAGUGCCAGUGAAAAUAUCACACGAACGGAAUUCAAAGAUAAAACUUCGGAGAAAACAGCAACUUUCACUAAAGAUACUAAUAUCAAUAAUAAGGAAACUGUCACUAAUAAAUUAACUAGCAGUGUGAGUGUACAAGAAGGCGCAAGUAGUUACAAAAGUGACGUCACUGAAAAUGUGUCAAGUAGUGUCACUAUUAAGAAAGUGACUGAGUACCAGACGACAGAACAAAAAACCAAUGUAGAAAUGAACACAUACAUGCUACGAAAUCCCUUUGACUUCAGUCUCAAACGAGAUUCUUAUAAUUUCAAAAAUGAAAAUGUACAGAAAGGAGAAACUAAAGAAAUUCAGGAAAAUAGUAAAACGGAUACAGUUCUUGAACAAAAGAAGCUACAAUACAGUAGAGGAAUUAAUGAAACGAUUGAAUCUAAAAAAUAUGAUGUUUUUGUGGAACAAAAAGAUCAGGAUCUUAAAGAAAUUAAUAAAAAUAAUCAAUCUACAAUCACUAACAAUAUUAAAGACAAGAAUAAGAUGACACACAGUGAAGAAAUUAAUAAAACUGAAGAUACUACAAUAACUGAUACUAUUGCUGAAAAGAAAGAGAUAGAACAUAGUAAAGUUCAAGCGGAAGACAAGGAUAGCGAUAAUGAAGUGACAGUACUUAAAGGAAAUGUCAGUCGGCUGAAAAAUAAGAUUAGUUCGUUGGCGAGCACGAAGAGUAUGAAACAGGAAGACAUUGAUUUGCCUAAAAGCACUUCCGUCUCAUCGAAAAUUGCUGUUUUUGAGCGCUUAGAAUCAAAAGAAUCUACAACAAAAGAUGAAAAACACUCAGCAAUAAAUACUCCUGAAAUAGAAACAAACAUCAAAAAAUUUGAAGACAAACCGAAAAUCGUAGAAGAGCUGCUCAAAUAUGAAUCUUAUGACGAGAAAGAUAAGAUCAAAAUUGGCUUCAAUUACGACGAAUUGAUAUAUACCAGUGAGGCAAAAAUCGUUGAUGAAUUUUGGAAAUCUGCUGAAGGACCAGUCAAUAAUAUUUCAACUCAUAACCCGGUGAUAACUAAUAAAGCCGUGUUAACGGAAACUAAAGAUGAAUCUGAACCAAAUACACCAGAUGUUACGUCUAUAAAUAGUGCUACAAAUAUAUCUGUAAUUGUAGGAAUACCUAGAGAAAAUAAAACAGAAACGUCUAACUUAGAAGCUAAGGAAAAUAAAAUAGCUGACAAUCAAUUUGAAGUUGCUAAAACAUUACCUAUAAUAGUCAAAGUUGAUAAAUCUAAAACAAGUUCACCAGUUAUUGAACCCGCAGUAAAGGGAGAUAAUAAAACUAGUAUUAAACCAGAUUUAUACGAACUACCAAAAAUUCUACCUGACAGAGAUUACGAGAAUGAAGUAGGUAAAACUAAACCUGGUAAAAUUAACUUAAACAAUUGGAAAACUCAAGUCGCAGUCAACAAAAUAUUGGUCGAUAAAAAAGACGUAAUUAAAAACGAAAGUUUGGAUGAAAUAGCUAAAACCUUACCUGACAUUGGUUUCAGUAAAAAUCUGGAUCAGGUAAGCAAAGAAUUACCUGAAACCAUUGAUUUGAACGAAAAGAAACCUGAAGUAGCUAAAACACUUCCAGCUAUUAUUAAUUUUAAUAUAAACGAAGCUAUAAAUGUACCUACGAUAGUGCCAGGUAACCUGCACAAAACUAAUGAAAAUAUAAAGAUUAUUGAAGAUAAAGACAGCCUGUCUGACAUUAAUAACACAAGCAAUAGUCUUACGACUGAAAAAGACGAAGUUAAACCACAAGAAAUUAAAAUCCCAGAUCCCGUAUCAGAAAAAGGGGUUAUACCAGUUAAAAGUCAAUUAGAACUACCAAAAGAAUUACCAGAAAAAGCUUCAUACAAAUCUCAAUACAUGGAUACUAAUAAUAAAAACAGCAAACCGGUUCCCGGUAAAAUAAAUCUCAAUCUAUGGAAGAAUCAAGUUGAAACUAACAAAACUCUGCUUACCAAGAAAAGCAUUAUAAAUAAAGAAUUAGAAUUCUCAAAAAUCGUGAAACAAGUCGAGAUAAAUAGACCAAGGAAAGUAUCAAAAACUAAUGAAAGUAUUGCGUCUGAAAUCGCAAAACCUUUGCCUACUAUAGUGAGUGUAGUUUCUACUGAUCUUGAGACAGUGCGAGCUCUGCCAUCGCAAAUAGACGUCACAUUGGAUAGCAAAGAACAACCAGUUAGAACCUUACCUGCAUUCAUCAACUUUAAAACAAAUGCUGAUCAAAUUGAAACCGCUAAUGAUUCAGCUAGUUUUUUAGACGUGACUACAGAUGGGAAUCUUAAUAAAGAUGUGUCUAAAGCUGACAAUGUAAAUUUAACUAUUGGAGAAGCUAAAAUAUUUCCAGCAAGAAUUGAAUUGCAAGGUUCUGGUAUUCAAGUUGAAGAAGCUAGGACUCUACCAACUUAUAUAGAUAUUAAAGAAACGGUGCUUCAAGAAUCCACAACAGUUAAUGAUGUUAAGACUAUUAAUGUAUCUAAAACCGAAUCAGAUUUUGAAAGUAAUAAAAUUGAAGAAGCAAAAUCUCUUCCAGGCAAACUAGAUUUAAGAGCUUGGGAGACACAAGUUGAAGUUAACAAAACCCUUCUGUCAACUAUAAGGAAAGACAACGCAAAAGUUGAAAUAAUUAAACAUGUUGACACAGAUUCAUCAGAAACCGAAAAUGACGAAUACAAUUUUGAAGACGAUGAUGACUUUGUACCCGCAAAUAAUGAUUUUGAUAUUGUAACACCAAAAAAUAAAAUUGGUUUAGGAAUUGUAGUUGAAAAUGUUACUCUAGACGAAUCGCAAGAUGACAAUGAUUUAAACAACAAUUCAAAUCCUAUUUCUAAUGAAUCCGAUCCUAAAGAAUUACUUAGUGAUCCUGAAUUGGUUAUUGAUGAGCCUGACGUUAAAGAAAAGAAGGCUUCUAUCAUGAAUAGGAUUAGAAAUAAACUAUACUUCAUCAACUAUAGGAAUAUCAUUCGUAAUACAGCCAACAAGAAGCUAGCAGCUGAAGAAAAUGACAGAAAUAAUGAAGAAAAAGAACAUUCAAUUCAUAAUUCGUAUUCUUUUGACAGUAAAGCCAAAGAAAUAAAUACAAGCAACACAGAGUAUAAAGAAACGAAUGAAUUUAUAGAAGAAACAUAUCAAAAAAUUGUUAAAGAAUAUACCUCAAAAAAGAUUAUUACUGAAAGCAAUAUAAAUGUUAAUGAAACUGAAAAUUAUUCAAAUUUAACUGAAAGUAAUGACUCGAAAACUGAAUUCGUGAAAUCUAAUGAAUUCGGACUGAAAACAGAAGAAGAAUUUGAAAGUAGAGAAGAAAUUAAAAGAGCGAAGUCCGUUGCAGAAUUAGAUUUAGGUGAUGCUGUUAAUGGUAAAGUCCUUAAGAUUUUAGGUAGAAUCAAGUCUGUGGAUUUCGAUUCUAGAAGGAACGUCAAAGUUGAGAAGAUUAAUUUGAAAGAAAUGCCGAAGAAAUUGUCGGUUUUGGAGAAGAUUCGGCUGUUUGAGGCUCUAUCGCAGCAAACUACCUUCAAAAAACAGAUCUUUCUUCCACAAGCUGUCUGUCCUUCUCGCACACGUAUACGAGUAAAAGAAACAGGGAAUAUUGAAAUAUUGCAGGGUAGAACGGAGGCUAAAACUACGGGGACAUUAAAACCAGUGACUCAAGAAGAAAAAAUGGUGAUUUCUGAAGAGGUUUAUGAGAAAAAAAUUGAGGAUUUGAAAGGGGCGAAGGACAGAUAUGGAUCGAUUGACAAAAUGCCUGCGUUAGCGAUCUCUGAGAGUCAGAGUAUACCCAUGAUUGCUUUGGGGACCGCGUUGAUGGACCCCCGCCUCAUACCCCAUCUUAUAAAGGCAGCUAUCGACCUUGGCUACCGAGCCUUCGACACCGCGUACAUUUAUGGCAAUGAGAAAGAAAUAGGAGCGGCUAUCAAUGAGAAAAUACAAGAUGGCACUGUUAAACGUGAGGAACUAUUCAUUAUGUCGAAGUUAUCGAGCACUUUCCAUCGCACAGACCUCGUGCAGGGUGCCUGCAAGAGCUCGCUGCAGAACCUAGGACUGGACUACUUUGACCUCUAUAUGAUACACAACCCUAUGUCCUUUAAGGAAGGCCCAGACCCAAUCCCAAAAAUAGCCUCUGUAGUCCAAUACUCUGAGCACGAUUACUUGGACGCGUGGUUCGGCAUGGAGGAGCUGGUCUCCAGCGGCCUGGUCAGGAGUAUCGGAGUCAGCAACUUCAACACGAUGCAGCUGCAGAGGAUCCUCGAUAAAGGGAGGUUUAAGCCGGUUGUUAAUCAGGUUGAAUGUCACCCAUACUUGUCCCAGGAGCGCAUGCAUGCAUUCUGCAAGGAGAGGAACAUUACUCUCAGUUGUUUCGGCGUACUGGGAUCCAAGGGCACUCCGGCGGAAUUCAAAAACUCGACCACAGCCGCUAUCGACGAUCCGUUUGUCAAAGUAAUGGCGUCUGGACUUAAUGUGACACCUGCACAACUUCUUAUCAGAUAUCAAAUUGAAUAUGGCCGCAACGUUGUUGUGAAGGCGUCGAGUGCUGAACAUCUGUGGGACAACCUACAAGCAUUAAAGUUCACGUUGGAUAGCGCGCAGAUGACAGGACUGCAUGCGUUGAAUAAGAAUAGGAGGACCUUUACAUUCCAAGGAAUGGGAGACACUCACAAGAACUACCCAUUUAAUUAAUGGAUGGAGAUUUUUAGACCUAGUUUACAUACGUUAGCAUUGUCAUUUAGAUAAUUUCACUAUUUUUCAUAAUUUCAUUAAUGACUUAAAUAAUACAUAUUUUUGUAUGUAUUUGCGUGUACUUAGUUAAAUAAGAUAAACUAUGAGAUUAAAUAAUUGUAGAGAUUAAUAAGUUUAAGUAGAAUUUAAUCGAUUUUGCAUGUAAUUUUUAAUGAAAUCAUUUUUGAAUAAAUAAAUCAUUUUUGUACUUAAUUA